AUGACAGCAGCAGCUACGACUAGAGAUAGAAAUUUCACUUUGGUACAGAGAGAUGUUGUAGAAUCAGAAUUGGUGGGUUUUCCUUGUUAUGAAAUACAGCACCAACUGGUUGAAAGCACUGUUGACAUUGAUGCAACUCUUGAGGAUGAGGAAUCUUUAGAUCAUUAUGACCAACCACGUGAAGAUGAACUUAGUGCACUACUAAGCAAUGACCUAUCAGUUCCCUACAUCCCCACAGUGAAUUCUGAAACAACUGCCGAAACUGAAUUAGAAAAUGGUUGCCAAAAUCAACCACUCCCAACUGCCGGUGAGAAUGAGACAAAUGAAGAAAAUGAAUGGGUGUUGGAUUAUUUGGACCGAAUACAAGACGAAAUGGUUCACGCUGAAAAAGAAAUGGAAGAACAAGACGAUGACGAUGAACCAUGGUACGAUGCAUUUCAAGAACCAGACAGUACUGACGCACCACAGGGCUCAAGAUUAGUGGUAUUCUGAUAUCCAUAAAAUACAAUUUUGGAUACUAGAUAUCACAGACUUAGUAUCCCGUUGGGAUACUAAAAAUAUCAAAAUAUUGUCAAAGUUCGUCAGAAUAUGUUCGUCAGAAAUGUUCGUCAGAAUAAUUUUUCAUUGUUUGUCGUGCGAAAGCAGAAUAAACCUGAGCACAAAGUUAAUUUCUGCCUCUCUAUUUUAGGCAAUGAUUGCUCAGAAGAUGAUAACCAACGAUUAAGCACGAUUUCCUGCAAGGAUUUCCUGUCGCCAUCGCAAUAUAAUGAAAUUUGACUUGUGUUUCCCUGCUAGGCGCCAGCAUAAGAUAAAAAAGCAUACGCUUGAACAUAGUUUACAGGUUUUUACAAAAAUGUGGAGAUAUGUAGUUAGAAGUCAGCAAGACAAUCAAGAGAGACGACCAACUUCAACAACAGCUGCUGAAACAUGUGCACAAGUUUGUGACGAGAGUACUUCUUUAUCAUCGUCAACCAACUCAACCCCAAUACAACAAUGUCAACAACUGAUGCAUGGUGAUGAAGGCGCACAAGAUACAGAACAGCAGCCAAACGAAAUCAAUGACGAGUUACAAACAGCUGAAAUGCAGCAGCAGACCCACAAGACCAUAGAAGCCUAG